AUUCCUAGGCAUCACCGAAAAUUUAUCUCUCUCUCUCUCUCUCUCUCACACACAUGGCAUGCAACUCUCAAACUGUUUUUCUUCCUUUGGGAAAACUCUCAUCAUCUAAGUACACAAGGAACACGAUGAAAGUAUAUUCGAUUUUGCAAUCUCCACGUCCAUGUGAGGACACCAAUAGUGAUCACUCAGCAAUGACUUCUAUAGCGAGUCGUAUCGAGACGUCCACUAGGAGAGAGAUUGAUCUGGGGCCUAUGGUCACAAAAAGAUCACUGACAAAAAGACUGAUGGAAGCAGAAGAGAGAAAGUCCUGUGGAAAUGGAAAAUUUGGGAGUUACGGAGGGAGGUUUGUACCGGAGACGUUGAUCUCUUGCUUGAACGGGCUUGAAGAUGAAUUCAACUCGGCCUUACGUGACACUGCAUUUCAGGAGGAGCUUGCAACAGCACUAAAAGACUACAUUGGACGAGAAACCCCUCUUUACUUCGCUCAACGGCUAACGGAUCACUACAAGAAUCGCAACGGAGAAGGCCCGGAGAUUUACCUGAAGAGAGAGGAUCUCAACCACGGCGGAGCCCACAAGAUCAACAACGCCAUCGCGCAGGCAAUGCUCGCCAAGCGAAUGGGCCUAAAAAGCAUCGUUACCGCCACUGGAGCGGGGCAACACGGCGUCGCAACUGCCGCGGCAUGUGCUAAACUAUCUCUGGAAUGUACGAUAUUGAUGGGUAGCUUAGACAUGGAGAGACAAUCGUCCAAUGUGGUCCUUAUGAAUCUCUUAGGUGCCAAGGUUAAAGUUGUUGAAGGAAACUUCAAAGAUGCAUGCUCGGAAGCAUUCCGAGAAUGGGUUGGGAACCUAGACACCAGCUACUACUUAGCAGGCACAGCAGUGGGGCCCCACCCUUGUCCAACAAUGGUUAGAGAGUUCCAAUCCAUAAUCGGAAAAGAGACCAGAAAACAGGCAAUGGAAAAAUGGGGUGGGAAACCUGAUGUGUUGGUCGCUUGUGUUGGAACUGGGUCUAAUGCGCUGGGCCUUUUCCAUGAAUACUUGAAAGAUGAAGAUGUGAGAUUGAUUGGAGUUGAGGGUGGCGGUUCCGGGAUCGAUAGCGGGAGACAUUCGGCAACUCUGGUUACAGGAGAGGUGGGCGUGUAUCAUGGAGCUAUGAGCUAUUUGUUGCAAGAUGACGAAGGCCAGAUCGUUAGGGCACAUUCUAUCGCUGUUGGGUUGGAGUGUCCAGGAGUAAGUCCAGAACUGAGCUUCCUUAAAGAAAUUGGAAGGGCAGAGUUCUACACUGUCACGGACCAAGAAGCUGUGAAUGCAUUCAAAAGACUAUGCAGACUUGAAGGAAUUUUUCCAGCAUUGGAGGCCUCCCAUGCACUGGCAUUCCUAGAUAAACUUUGCCCCACUUUACCAAAUGGUACAAAGGUUGUGGUGAAUAUUAGUGGGCGUGGAGAUAAGGAUGCUUCCGCUGUAUUCAAAUACGAACUGGACUCAAUGGGCCGAAGUGCUAGUGCUAAUUGAUAGAUACAUAGAUAUAUAAAUAUUGCUGUAAAUAUAAAUAAAUAAUUUGGAAAUUAAGAUGAUUAAUUCCAAGUUUACUAUUCAAGACUAUUGUUAGAAUAAUGAAAAUAUUCUGAUUGAUUAUAGUUGAUUGAAUCGAUUGUAAUUGAUUAGGAUUAAGGAUUUGAUUAUCUUUCCAUAGUAUAGGAUUUGAUUUUGUUUCCAUAAUUUAGGAUUUCACUCUUGUAUAAAUACAAAAGCCUGUGUACAUGUUAUUAUCGAAUUCAAUAAAACAUUUAUUCGCUCA